CCGUCGUGCGGUGCGAUUCUUGUCUUUCAAACGCUCUGAUCCUCGAUAAAAAAUCUCUUACCCGCUUCAUAUCCUUUCGGUCGAAAAAAGGAAAAAUGCGUCUGAUCACGGUUAACUUUUUGCUGAUGGCCCUUUGUGCCUCCUCAAACAUUUGGCCAGCGAGUGCCCUGGAGUGCUACAGUUGUGCAGGCGAUGCGUGCCGCGUGGAAAACGUUCCGACGGUCUCUUGCACCCUGGAUGCCUCUUCGGCAUUUGUGUUGAAGACAAGCGCCGCCUUGAACCGCUUCAGACGGGGUCUCCUUUCAGUGAUGCCAAGAGCGGCAGAAGACGAUACGGAACCCACACCUUCACCCGCAGAACCUGCUACGGAUUCUUCGACUGCUUCUGCUAGUGAAUCUACAACCGUUUCGACCCCCACUGAUUCUACAACCACGGACUCUACAACCACAGAAUCUUCAUCCACUGAACCUACUACGGUUUCUCCUACUACUGAGUCUACCACCAUUACGGAUUCUCCGACCUCUUCGUCUACUGCUACAGCCAGCUCGGAUUCUACAACCACAGAGUCUUCAAGCACUGAAUCUACUACGGUUUCUCCUACUACUGACUCUCCGACCACUGACUCUACCACCACGGAUUCCACAACGACCGAUUCUACAACGGAUUCCACAACGACCGAUUCUACAACGGAUUCCACAACGACAGAUUCUACAACCGAGGAUUCUUCAACGGAUUCUACAACCACGGACUCUUCAACAGAUUCUACAACCUCGGAUUCUUCAACAGAUUCUACAACUGACUCCACCACUACGGAUUCAACAAGCUCCUCCACAACCUCUUCUACAGCUUCUUCUACAGGCACAGAUUCUACAAGCCCUACCACUGAUGCUACUACUGAUGCCACCACCAAUCCUCCUCCCGUGAGCUAUAAGCUUGCCGCCUGCUACAGCAUCUACAAGGACGGAGAGAUAAACCGUGGCUGCGUUCAGGUGCCCGAAGGACAAGGUGCCUGCCAAGCGGUCAGGAAAGAACUCGACGUUGCAGAAGACUCUGCCGACGAGUGCGACAUCUGCUUGACAGAUCACUGCAACGGAAGCACUAGCCUGAAGGUCUCUUUGGGUGCCAUAAUACUGCUCUUGACGAUGGGGCUGAAGAACCUUCUGUAGGAGAGGGUGCCACAUUAUUAUGUAUUAUGUAUAUAUUUGUUAGUAAUUGGUAUCCGUAUUUAAUUAAUUAACUGUUGUCAAGAAUAAAGUGGCAAUUUCCAAACAUAA